CUUGAUUCUCGGCACAGUAGCCAGAAUGAUCCCUUUCAACCUAAGUCAGCCGAGCCUUCUUCGGGGUGAAAGCUAGACUCCUACACCAGCCAAAGGCCCUACGUGAUCUGGCUCCCAACGCUUCUUGGCCUCAUCGUCUGCCACCCUUCUCUUCACCUGCUCUGUUCCUGGCCUCCAUGCUGUUCUUGAAACAGAUGUUUUUUGAUCAUCCAGAGAAAAAUGAGCCUUGGCCUCCAGACCCAAUAAAGCAAACAUUCCUCCCAUGGAGAAUAGCACUGGUUCCUAAGGACAUGAAGGGCCCGCAGCCCCAGGGGGAUUAGCCAAAAGCGGCUUGUUUUCUGCUCAGAACAGAGUGGCUGCCCUGAACACAUCUUUCAUUAUGAUUCACACCAACCUGAAGAAAAAGUUCAGCUGCUGCGUGCUGGCCUUUCUCCUGUUUGCAGUCAUCUGUGUGUGGAAGGAGAAGAAGAAAGGGAGUUACUAUGAUUCCCUUAAGUUGGAAACCAAGGAAUUCCAGCUGUUGAGAGGUCUGGAGAAACAGGCUGUGACUUCCAGCAGCACCCAGAAUUCCCCCAGGGGCCGCCAGGCCCUCAGCAGUCCCCGGGGCCCAGCCAAGGCCAAGCCUCAGGUCUCCUUCCAGGUGUGGAACAAGGACAGCUCUUCCAAAAACCUCGUCCCCAGGCUGCAGAAGAUCUGGAGGAAUUAUCUGAAUAUGAACAAGUACAAAGUGUCCUAUAAGGGGCCAGGGCCCGGUGUCAAGUUCAGCGCAGAGGCCCUGCACUGCCACCUCCGGGACCAUGUGAACGUCUCCAUGGUAGAGGCCACAGAUUUUCCCUUCAACACCUCUGAAUGGGAGGGUUUCCUGCCCAAGGAGAACAUCAGGACCAAGGCUGGGCCAUGGGGCAGGUGUGCUGUUGUCUCAUCAGCCGGAUCGCUGAAGUCCUCCCAGCUGGGCCGAGAAAUAGACGAUCAUGACGCAGUCCUGAGGUUUAAUGGGGCACCCACAGCCAGUUUCCAACAAGAUGUGGGCACGAAAACCACCAUUCGCCUGAUGAACUCUCAGGUGGCAUUAACAGAGGUGUCCAGUGCCCCGAGAAAGGAGAGUUCUGCUGUCCCCAUAGCUGCCAGGUUUUAUCGGGAAUAUUGCAUGAGGGACAACAUGGCAGAGAAUAUCAGAGUGAGGGAUGCUGGGGAACAUCUCUUCACUGCUUGCCCCUCAGGAACUCACCAGCUGGGCAGAAGCUGCUUCUUGCAUGGUCCACUUUCCAUCUGA